AAGAACUCUUCCACUUGCGUUUCAUUUUUCCUCUCAUAAUUCCUUUAUUUUCUUGCUCUCCAAACAUGAAUUCUCUAUACCUGUAUGUUUUAGUUUUAAGCUUAAUCUUUACGCCCUUUUUUGUUAAUAAUUUUCUACUUUUUUUUAACUCCAUAACUUCUUCUUCUUCUUCUUCGGAUAAUAAUGAAUAUUCCACUUUAUUCGACGCCAUAGCUUCCGUCAACCCAAAGGCUCCUUUAAACUCCGGUAAGAACCAUACGCCGCCGUCCGGUUCACGUGGUUCCUCAACCAGCUGCGAGGUAUGGGACGUGGCCUGCUCUGAAGCGGUUUUGAGCCUGGCCCGGAAACCCGAGAACGUGGAGUGGAUUAAAGGGUUGAGGAGGAAGAUACAUGAGAACCCUGAGCUUGCUUUUGAAGAAUACGAAACCAGUAAGCUGGUUCGAACUGAGUUGGAUCGUAUGGAAAUUGAAUAUAGAUACCCUUUGGCCAAAACGGGUAUUCGGGCUUGGAUUGGAACCGGUAGCCCGCCCUUUGUAGCCAUCCGAGCUGACAUGGAUGCUCUGCCCAUACAGGAAGGUGUACAAUGGGAGCAUAAGAGCAAAGUUGCAGGGAAAAUGCAUGCUUGUGGGCACGAUGCACAUGUCGCAAUGCUCAUUGGUGCUGCUAAAAUAUUGAAGAACCGAGAACAGCAUUUGAAGGGAACUGUUAUACUGCUGUUUCAGCCAGCUGAGGAAGCCGGAAACGGUGCUAAACGUAUGAUCGGCGACGGUGCAUUGGAAGACGUCGAGGCCAUAUUUGCAGUCCAUGUCUCUCACGAACACCCCACGGCUAUUAUUGGCUCGAGGCCUGGUCCACUGCUUGCCGGUUGUGGCUUCUUUAGAGCCGUUAUCAGUGGAAGAAAAGGCCUAGCCGGCGACCCUCACAACUCGGUUGACCCCAUCUUAGCUGCUUCAGCUGCCGUAAUUAGCUUACAGGGAAUCGUUUCUCGAGAAUCAAACCCAUUGGACUCCCAGGUCGUGUCUGUCACCUCCUUCAACGGCGGCAAUAAUCUGAAUAUGAUCCCUGACACUGUUGUUAUCGGAGGCACUUUCAGGGCUUUUUCCAAUGCCAGCUUUUACAACCUUCUUCAAAGAAUCCAAGAGGUUGUGGUGGAGCAGGCCAGUGUUUUCCGAUGCUCCACGACGGUGGAUUUCUUCGAAAAGGACUCAACAAUCUAUCCCCCAACAGUGAAUGACGAUCAUAUGUAUGAACAUGUGAAAAAAGUGGCCACUGAUUUACUAGGACCAACAAAUUUCAGGGUGGUUCCGCCGAUGAUGGGCGCGGAGGACUUCUCGUUUUAUACCGAGAUCGUUCCGGCGGCUUUCUACUACAUCGGCGUAAGGAACGAGACGUUGGGGUCGAUACACACGGGUCACUCGCCGUAUUUUAUGAUCGACGAAGAUGUUCUUCCUAUAGGUGCUGCCGUUCAUGCAAGUAUUGCCGAAAGAUACCUCAACGAACGUGGUUAAAAGCGUCAGCCCUCUCAAUUGUGGAGUAAUUUGUAAUGUGUGAUGUGGUAUAUGUAAUUUUGAUGUUAGUUAGGGUUGGUGGAAAAAGGGAAGAUUGGCAGUGUGUAAAGAUUAAGCAGACGAUUUUGCUCUGUUUCUUAGAAUGUAAAUUGUAAACAACAUUCAAUGUUUUCAAGUGGCUCUUCUCUUUUCUGCUAA